GAACGUGGCGCAGAUAUUGUACAGACCUCGGACGGAGUGGACGUACUUUUACCAGCGCACAGAAUCAUCUCAGCGAGCGAACCCCCAAGUGAACGAACUGCAAACCGGCUCAACUCGUUCAAACGGACAUCCAGACGAAUCACCUUACCUCACCCGAGUACCCCCAGGUGUUUGCGAUUGCGGUCACGAACGAGUGAUAGAUUAACGCGCUGAGGGAACACUGUAGAUACUAUAAAUUAUUGACGGCCGAGAGUGAUACGGUCAGUGCUUGGCUUGAGUGGCCAAUCUUGGCAGUCGCGAGCAGCAGUUGCAGGCAGGCUGAGAACAAAGUGAACAUUGCUUGCAGGGAAACGUGUGUUACCAUGGGAUUGCUGCGGCGAAACAGUUUGAACAUUCCGUUCGGUAAAUGGUUAUCACCGGGAACGGCGAGUGGCACGCAGGCUGUCACCGCCCCACCGACCGGCACGGGCAGGAAUUUUGGCAGCUCGGUGGCCAUCCAGAAGCUGCGCGAGAGCAAAUGGUUCGAUGCCGGUGAGGAGCGCAUCUUUUGCGCCGUGAUCGAGAAUGGAUUCAUCGUCGAGGUGCGCCACUCGGAAACCGGCGACAACUGGUUCGGUGUAGUGACAAUCGAGCUGAAGAAAUCAAUUCCUAAACCGACGGCCGAGAACGUGAAAAUCUACUCCGUCCGCAUGAAGGGAAAUGAGAAGAAACCGAUGAAGGUGUACAGCGUGACGCUGAGUCUUCUGUGGCAGCAGGGAUACCAGGUGCGGAUCAACAAUCUGGCCGACCGCACAAAGAAAGCUCACCCAGAACAAGACAUUUUGGCACAGAUCAAAUACGCCUCCAAAUGCCAGAUGGUUUUCCACAAUAGUCAACAUUUCUGUGAAUUUUGUCGAUACGGUGACCGGCCACAGGAUAGCCGAAAGCGACAAAUAUCGGACUGCGCCAAGUGGGGUGGUGUGAAUAUAGGAGCGACUCUCAUCUUCAUGGAAAUGCAAAAGAAAUCCAAGUCAGCAUCACACUGAGGAAGCACGAUACCGAUAUCGUUCCGCCUUGAACUGGUCCGUAGCUUUAAGCAUUUCAGCAAACGUUGUAUCUGCGACAACGUAAUUGUGAAUGUGAUUUCUGCAAAAUCGUUACCAUUAUGGAUAAAGUUAAGGCGAAGUAAGAAACGAAGAGAUACGCGAUUUCAGAGUAGCUUUAAGUCUAGAUUGUACGCGAAGCGCAGCACUAAGUAAAUUCACAAUGUGAAUUGUUCUUUUUUUGUAUAAAACGGAAAUGUAACUCUAAAUCAUUAUCGAAAGCCAUGCGGAAAGGUGGGCUUUUCAUUAGGUGUAAAUGUAUUAGGAAUAUCAGCUUAUACGAUCGUUUACACGGAAAAUGGAAUAUAUUAUUUUCCCUUUAGUAAAAAAUAAAUUAUCUUGAAAGACUA